AUGUGCCCAGAACCCUCAGAAUCGGACCGAAUAACUUACGAAGAGGCACGCAACGGAGCGGCUGCGUAUCUGCAAUCACGGCUUUCAGCAAAAAACGAAGAAGCAGACAAAGACUUUGAAAUACCAGUCAUCAAUCUCGAACCAUCAUUCUCCGACUCCCUUUCCGACCGUCAGAAAGUCGCAGACCAAAUUCGCAAAGCAUGCACAACAUCCGGUUUCUUCUACAUUACCAACCACCGCAUCCCAAAGUCUGCUUGCGACGGCAUCUUGCACCAAGCCAAGCGUUUCAUGAAAGAACUACCACUUGAAAAGAAAGAAGAAUUGCAUUUGAAGCACAACAAAUUCGGAUUAGGCUGGGAACCCAGCGAAUACACCUCCAUCGCCGGCGACAAGGAAGAAAAGGAAGUCUUCAACUUUGCCUACGAAGCCGACCUCGAUCCCACCGGCGGCGACGGCCAGUACAAGAAUCUCGAUGGAUCAACCGGCAACGCGAACAUGUGGCCCAAAGAAGAAGAUUUACCCGGAUUUUACCGUGAAGUAAAAGAAUACUACGGAAACGUCCUAAGCCUAGCCCGCCACCUCUUCCGCCUCUUCGCCCUCUCCCUCUCCCUCCCAGAAUCCCACUUCGACCCUCUAACCACGCACCCAGGCGGCAUCGCCCGCUUGCUCUACUACCCCCCUCCUUCCUCUCCCCUCCCUUCCUCCUCCUCCUCCUCUCCUUCCUCAGACGAAACCUCCCAAAUCGGACUCGGCGCCCACUCCGACUACGAAUGCUUCACCCUGCUCCUCCCUUCCUUCGUCCCCGGUCUCGAAAUCCUCAAACCCUCCGGUACGUGGUACAUUGCGCCCCAUUUCCCCAACACCCUCAUAGUAAAUGUCGCGGAUUUCUUGAUGAGGUGGACGAAUGGGAUGUAUAAGAGUACGGUGCAUCGGGUUGUGAAUAGGGGGACUGAGGAGAGGUAUAGUGUGCCGUUCUUCUUUUCGGUUAAUUAUGAUGUUGUUGUUGAGACGUUGCCCGGGUGUAAGAAGGAGGGAGAGGGGGAAGGGGAGUGGAAGCCGGUGAGGGCCGGGGAGUAUAUUUUGGAGCGGUUGAGGAGUACGGUUGGGUAUGGGAAGGGGUUCGAGGUUGGAAAGGGAGAUUAG